CACAAGUAAAUAAAAACAAACCGAUUUCAAAAAGUUGCAAAGUUUUGUCGUUCGUUCUGCGCUGUGUUCUCCACUUUACUCCGCUAGAAUCGAAGGAAUCGAUUCAAAAUGUCCCGCAAAUCCGUUGGGCCCAACGCCCAGCCGCUGUUCGUACUGGAGGAGUCCUUCUACCCAGACACUUGGCAAAACGACUCCCGGAUGGGCGUGCUGCUGUCGGAGUUCCGCGUGCGCUCGAUCAACCCGGAAAAUUAUGACUCGAAGAUGAAAUUCUGGAAGGAGAUGAUCCGGAAUUACUGCGAGCACAAGGGCUGCGGCGCGGUUUCGAUCGUGGAGCUAAAGCGGGUCUUCAAGCGCAAGGGCACGAUUCCGUACUGCCUGCAGACCGUGUUCGCGGACAUGCUGCGCGAGGGUCAGCUGGUUGGGAGGGGCGACUUCCAACGGCCGGUGCAGGACAGUUGGGGUGGCUGGGCGGUGGACCUGCUGGUUAAGCGGCCGCUGGGCUGGGGGUUCGGGAAGGUUAAGGAGAAGAUCGUUGGGGGUGGGGUGGACGAGGGGGCGGAGUUUGUGUGCACGGAGGUGGUCAUGGGUCAAUCGGUUGCACUGGAGAAAUUGAUUCAAAAGGAAAGCAAAUUCAACGUCCUCCUGUCGAUGGAAGGGUUGAAGGAUCUAGUCAAAGAUUCGGGUUUCACGGAUGAUGGCUUGGAACUUGUUCUGCAUCACAUGACCUGCCAGCAACGUGUGUACACGGAGAAACUCCCCGACGAAGGACUCGACCAUAAGAGGGUUCUUCUCAAGUUCGCUGCACCCGGAGCCAAAGCCCAACCGAUUACCGACAUCGAGCGAUCGAUCUACAAUCUGGAGCAAACCGAGCAAAAUCUGCUCAAGAUGAUCGACAAACUGGAGCAGGACGUUUCCGGCGCUUUGCUGCUGGUCAAGCAGAACAUUGCCCAAGGAAAGAAACAGGUGGCCAAGUCAAACCUCAAGAAGAAGCACCUGCUCGAGAAGAACCUGGAGAAAAAGAUGAACGUCCUGGACAAUGUGCAGACGAUGCUGUCGAGGAUUCACGAUACGCAGACCGAUCGCAACGUGAUCGAAGCGUACAAGAUUGGUUCGAACGCGCUCAAGAACGCCUUUGCCAACUCCGGUAUCACGCUGGACACGGUCGAUGACACGCUGGCCGAAAUGAAGGAGAUCAUGGAGCAGCAGGACGAAAUGCAGACGAUGAUCAGCACGCCGCAAACCGACAUCGACGACCUGGAGCUGGAACAGGAGCUGUCCGACCUGAUCGACAUGAAGCUAGCGGAGAACCACAUUGCCGUUCAACCAGUCCAACCAGCGAACGACGUCACGCCGGUCCUCCCGUCCGUCCAGCAAGAACCCAAAACAAGCCCCACGGUCAGUGCUGGUCCCGCAACGAUGGCCCAGCUGAACGAUUUUGACAAAGAGAUCGAGAAACGGCUGGCGGCACUCAAGACGGAUGCGCCGGUGCACGAUCUGUCCUUGCUGGGUGGAACUUCGUUUGUGAAUCCGGAGGAUGCGACCGUGCACUGAAGAGGGAUCGCGGACCAGCGCGAAAGUGCCUUGCCAAAUGAUAACUCUCUUAUGUAUAUGUUAUUUGCUGCUUACACUGGAAUUAUCUGUACUAAACAUUAUAAAAUAAAACGUUUACAUAUUAACCACAA